GUAAACAAGAAGGGAAAUGCAGCAUUGGUCAGUUUUGUGGUGCUGGAACAAUGAAACGCUCAUUAGACGGAGGAAUAACUAAAUAUAUUAAUAUCUGAAUAUCUUAUUAACAUAAACUUCAAACUAUUUUAGAACAGGUGUUAACACUUAGCUAACGGCGGCUGGACGUUUAAAGCUCUUACAUAUACAUAUGACAGUGGAAGAUUUUCUUCUCGUUUGCCGGGCGUUAGCUAUCAUUGGUCGAAUGGAUUUGCACGAGGAGCCUUGUGUUUGCUGAUUGGCUAGAACAUCAGUCCGUUCACCAAGCGAUGUCCUCCCUCCCAGCGACUGAGCCGUGAGAGCCGCCAGGCGCCGCUCCCGUCACGUUUCUCCGCUGCAUGUUCACCGCCGUCAAAUAAUGUUAUCCAUGAUCUCCACGGCUCGUCCAUCCUCUCCUGUAUCUUCGGCUUUGGAUUGAUUCUCCCGUCGAACAGUUCGCCAUGGCAACGGUGGUGAUGGAACAGAUCGGUCGCCUGUUUAUCAACGUGCAGCAGCUGCGGCAGAUCCCUCAGCUGCUCGAGUCGGCCUUUCCAACCCUGCCUUGCACCGUAAAGCUGUCCGACGUUCCCUGGGUGUUCCGCGAGCGCCACAUCCACACGGGGUACAGACAGCCGGAUCUGAGCUGGCGGUACUACUUUCUCACCCUCUUCCAAAGGCACAACGAGACCCUCAACGUGUGGACCCAUCUGCUGGCUGCCCUCAUCAUCUUGGUGAAGUGGCAGGAGAUCUCGGAGACGGUGGACUUCUUGCGAGAUCCUCACGCUCAGCCCCUCUUCAUCGUGCUCCUGGCAGCUUUCACCUACCUCUCAUUCAGUGCUCUCGCUCAUCUCCUCUCUGCCAAGUCGGAGCUCUCCUACUACACCUUCUACUUCCUCGACUACGUGGGGGUUGCCGUUUACCAGUACGGGAGCGCUCUGGCACACUACUACUAUGCUAUAGAGAAAGAGUUGCACACUACUGUGCAAGGGUUCUUUUUGCCCGCUGCGGCAUUCCUGGCUUGGCUCACGUGCUUCGGCUGCUGCUAUGGCAAAUACGCCAGUCCUGAGCUGCCCAAGCUGGUCCUCAAGCUCUUUCAAGUGGUGCCCUCAGCCUUGGCUUACUGCUUAGACAUCAGCCCCGUAGUCCAUCGCAUUUACAGCUGCUACCAGGAGGGCUGCUCCGACCCGAUGGUGACGUACCACUUCUACCACGUGCUCUUUUUCUUAAUCAGCGCCUAUUUCUUCUGCUGCCCUCACCCAGAGAGCUUGUUCCCUGGGAAGUGUGACUUCAUUGGGCAGGGCCACCAGAUCUUUCACGUGUUUGUGGUGGUGUGCACCCUGGUGCAGAUCGAAGCGCUGCGAACAGACUUCACAGUGCGCCGCCCCUUGUAUGAGCGUCUUCACGGGGAUCUCGCGCACGACGCCGUGGCGCUCUUCAUCUUCACUGCCUGCUGCAGCGCCCUCACCGCGUUUUACGUGCGCCAGCGCGUGCGGGCCUCUCUCCACGAGAAGGAAGAGUGAGAAUUUAGACUAUUUAAAAAAAACAAAAAAAACCAAGUCAAACAAAGUCUCAUUUAUUUUACUCUAUAGUGACUGUUUUAAAAUAACUUAAAUGUUUUUGUCAAUGAAAGUUAUCAGCUCGUGAUAGUGACUUCUGAUUAUUUCUCCUCUGUGUUCUGCCAAACAACAGUGAACUAAAUAUUGACUAAGGCGGUGUUGUUGUGACUUAAAGGGGGAAAAAGGGGGCUCUUGCAGCUCAUCUGUAGUCAAUGCGGACCCUGCAACAAACCCUUACAUCCUAACUUCUCUUUAUUUAUUUAUUUUUUAUAGACGGUCUAAAGGAAUGUUUUACUUUACGAAAGAAAAAAGUCUUUGUGCACAGAUUAGCAAAAAAAUUGAGAGGCUAGUUUCUUCAGUUGCCUUCUUAAUUGUAUUUGGAAAAAAUCUGACUGUCUUAAUCAAAUUGUAGCAUUUGAAUUUAAUAUUUAUAGUCCCUCAGCCUAACUUUUAGCUCCUGUUAAGUUUUACACUGGUGCUUUUCUCAAUGUCCCAAUAUUAUUUUGUGUUUCUUUGGGUUUUGGUUAGGUUUAGAUAUCAAAGCAGGGAUUAUUUUUCCAUUUCCCAAGGCGCUAACACUAGGCCACGCUAAUGUUUCAGCAUAGUCAACAAAGGUCGAAACCCAAUUUGAAAACCAAAUAUUUUACCUCCUUAUGAAAAACAGACACUUUUCUUUGGAUUUGAUGACACUCUGUUGAAAACGAGGCUAGCACUCUACACUGGUUAAAAGAUGAGUGGAAGAUUACUGAUGUCUCCUUGUUGUUGUGACAAUGUUAAUCUUUCUCUUUUUUUUAAUUCAAAGGGCUGGAACUUCAGCUUUUGCCUUUUCACAUCCUGUGAUGUCAGUGCUUUGCGUGAAUCAUUUUCAUUGUUGGUCGAUCAGAUUCGAGUCGUGGAAAAAGGAAAAAGCUGCGUCUGACCUGCUUUUAGUAUGUUUUUUUUUUUUUGUAUGAUGAAUAUGUAUGUGCCUCUACGCAUGUCUUUUGGUAUAUACCGUGGAUAAUAAGUGUGUGAAUGUCUAUGAAAGCUUAGCCUUGCACUUCUUUCUUACCUUGUAAAUAGCUGUAUUUCUCUUGAAAUUUUCUUUGCAUCCCAUUUUCUCCCCACCUGAUGGCAUUUGGAGCUGAAUGCACAAUAUUUUUCUGUGGAAUACAGCACAUUACUCUUU